GUCUCCCGAUGGCGGCUCUCGACGGCUUUGACAACUUUUGUUAUCCCGUCUUGUUUGCCAGGGGCUGGGAGGAGGAGGCAGAGGUAGCGACCGUCACUCCGAAAGUGGUGCGAGCCCUCAGGUCUCCUCUAACGUCCCUUCCUCGGGCCGAGAACAGAACAACUGCUAAUAAAGAUGGAAUUUACCAGUUUGAACUGGAUGCAAAAUGUAAGGCAAUUCAGGACAACAUUUUGUCAUCAUCGAUCAAGAAGAAAAGGUAUCCAGAAGAUUAUUAUCUUCACAUAGUCAAAAAACUGCAGAACUGCACCUGGAUGAGGAGACCGGAAGAAUCAGCAGAAUUCAGGUCAGAGUUAGCUUCCUGCUGUAAUGCAGUUCACAAUUUUAUUGCUUCUCAAAACAACACCCCACUGGGAAGUAACAUGAGUUAUGAAGUGGACAGUAAAAAGACCAUCCUCAUUACAGAAGACAUUUUUAGAAUGCUGCCUGUGUCCUCUCCUCUUUCAGUUUAUCCCUUCAAGAACUGUGCUGUGGUUGGAAAUGGAGGCAUUCUGAAAAAUUCCAGCUGUGGAGCUGAAAUCGAUCGUUCUGAUUUUGUGUUUAGGUGUAACCUCCCUCCGACAAUGGGAAGCAUUAGCAAAGAUGUUGGCAAUAAAACAAAUCUUGUGACGGUUAAUCCAAGUAUCAUAGCUCAGAAAUACAACAAACUAAAUGAGAAGAAGACAGAAUUUGUGGAGAAUGUUGCGGUCUAUGGAGAUGCUUUCCUUUUAUUGCCAGCAUUUUCCUUCAGAAGCAACACAGCUACUUCUUUUAAAGUCUAUCAUACUCUGCAAGAGUUCAAAGCAACCCAAAGGGCAAUAUUUUUUCACCCCACUUAUCUGAAAAGUCUUGCCCAGUUCUGGAGAACUAAGGGUGUGAAAGCCUACCGGUUGUCAUCUGGUUUUAUGAUCACUAGUGCUGCUGUUGAGCUGUGUGAGAAUGUGAAGCUUUAUGGCUUCUGGCCUUUCUCAAAAUCCACAGAGAAGAUGCCAAUCAGCCACCACUAUUACGACAACCAGCUGCCCAAACCAGGUUUCCAUGCAAUGCCCAAAGAAUACAACCAGAUCCUUCAGCUUCAUGGCAAAGGCAUUUUGAAGCUGCAGUUUGGUAAAUGUGAAUCAGACUAAAAAGGGUGAUGAUCCAAAGGAGACAAUUUGUGUGUAUCUUAGCACCUCGAUGUUGGAUUUGAUCUGAUGUGAUUUUGUGAGCAUUAAACUGCGUUAUUACAAUAGAUAAAUAUUUGACAUUUGGGGAGAAAAGGAAGGGAUUUUUCACACAUUGAUUGCUACAUUUCCAAUUCUUAAGUAUUCAUUUUUUUAAUAUAAAAUAACAUUUAUGUGUAAAUUCUGAAAAUUCUGACUGUGGUUUUAAUUGUAGCAAAGCACAAUCUCAGGAUGGUGGCAAUAUAUAACAUUCAUAAUGUUUUUCUUAAAGUAUCAUUAAAUUAUUUUGAUGUAAGGUCUCUGGUUUAAUCAAUAUCAUGGAACACGGGCAAUAGUCACUGUAUGGUAGCUGCCCAGGUUGGUAGUGAAUGCUUUCAGUUAAGAACUCAGUCCUGUAAACACUGGUGUUAGUCUAUAUGAGAAAGGUGAUGAGAAGAGCUACAGUGGAGUUAUUAAUUCAGAGCUAAGUCAUUCUUAGUUUGUCCCAGGGUGCACAAAUGAAAAAAAAAUCCUUCAGGUUAGAGAUAAUCAAGUAGUUCACGUGCUUUAAUUUUGUGGCCAGUGAGUAAUGCUGUGGAUGUAAUGGGAUCAGUCCUGUGCAUUAUGUUAAUUUUGUGAAGAAGUGUUUGACGAACCAGAGCUGUAUAAUUAUUCUUAAAACCCUCUUCUUGCUUGUAUUCUUGUCUAAGGUCCAGUCCAGCUACAAAUGAGGACAAUCAACUAGGUUUCAUCUGCAUUCCCUGGAGUCCUGGUAGGGCAUGACUUUGCACACAUUCCUGCAAUCCCAGAUCCAUAUCUGUGCUGACAUACAUGAGGGUCUAUUCACAAGAAAAAAUAAUCAAUACCAGCCUUAGCAUUUUUUCUGUUUUGUUUUCAUCUAGCAUAACGCCUUUCCCUGUGUGACUACUGAUAAAGAAACUGCAUUGAGCAUUGUUAGAAGAACGUUUCUUUUAGAGCCAACCCCAACUCUUCUCCUAUACUGGGGCAUGUGAGAAAAAACUACAGUCACUUAAUUAAGACCCCAUGCAGUUCUUGCGCUUUAAGUUUCCAUAUGGUCCAGCGGAGCAACAUUCUGCAACAAGCACAAGUGAAAUAAAGAUUCACAUUAAUGUUAGUGGGAGCUACAGGCACUUGUUCCUCUAGCUGUGGCUGCUAGUAUAUUACUGCUUAUACUUUUUUACUGCAGAAAAAAAAAUUGUAGUAACCAGUUUCUCUUGCAAGAGGCUUUUUUUGAGUCUACUGAAUGAUCAAUUCAAUGAUAGAAUGUCCUUCCUAUCCUUUUAGUCAGAUACUAUUAGGUUUUUCCUUACUAAAACUCAUCUUACUGCAGUAGCACUAAAUCCCCAAUCAACUGAUAGUUUACAGAGCAUUCAGUAUUCCACUCAUUGAGGAUUAUUUGUGCAAAAAUAAAAAACAUCCAAAAAACCUACUAUAAAUGUAUUGAACCUUAUAAAAUAUACUUUUAGACUGAUAUCUUAUAAGAGCAUUUCUAUAUUGCUGUAAUAUUUGACAGCUUAACUUGCAACAGUUUUAUAACCACAUAAAUAAUCCUAGAAAUAUUUGAAUCAGUCUUUAUCAUUGCAGGUCCAUGUUCAGCAUUUUGAUCCAUUUCCAAGAUGAUAUCAGAAUCUCACUACUCCUACCCCAGAGUGGCCCUAAACUCAGCUACAUACAUCAGCACCAAGUUCAUUUUUUUUGCAAAACAAGGUUGUAAAAAAAUAGAUAGUGCUUUGGGAUGUUGAAUGACACCACAGAUACACAAGUAUAGGAUUGAAUAUCAGUAGGGCUUUUAAGAGAAGCAAGGAUGUCCUAAUUGAGCUGAUGGGCACAGCUGCCUUACCAGCUGGUGGCUGGAAGAGGCAAGCACAAGGGCUUUAUUCACUGAGACUGUUCUGGUUCCAGCACCACACAUCCAUGUUUUGUCCUCACGAGCAGUGGAAUUUGUGCCAGUUUCUGGCCACAGGCAUCUGCCACUCAUACAGAACUACUGCUGUAAGACCUUGCAUCCACGUUAUGAGUGUGGUGGAUGAUUGCCUGCUGCAAGACCCCAAUUACAAAUAGAAGACAAAUUUACUGCAAGAAGAGCUCUUUUAUGCCAUAAAUCACUCAUGUAGACUGUACCUGAGUGUAACGAAGCUGUGAGAAGUGGUGUACUCAUACUUCAUGAUAAAAACAACCUAUUGAGAACCACCUCAUAUUUCAUCCAGGAGACAAAAUACCUGUACUCAAGCAAAGUCUUAUUCCUGCCUAGUGUCAUGCAAUGGGGGUGAUCUCAGCCAUGUAGCAAUUCCUCCUUCUUGUUGUGUUGUGUUCUUUACAGCGUAUGGAUCAUUAUUUCAGAGGACUCCACAGAUUUUUUUUCUUUCCUUCCCAAAACUGUUUCUUUUUCUUCUGUCCUGGCUGGCUCCAUCUUCUUGAGCUCAGCCCAGGGAGAUAUCAGUGCCACAUGUGCAGUAGAGCAUUAAAGAGUUUCAGAGUCAGAACUACUGUUCUGUUUGGAGACAAGGAGUGUUUGCUAACGCAGCCAUACAGCUGUCCUCUGUGCUCCAGAAUAUUUCUUGCCACGUAAAUCAGAGUAGACUUUAUGUCCAGGCAAGAGUUCCAUUUUCUGAAAUGCUGUAAUUUUCAAGCUGUAAUAAGCACCUGCUGGAGCUUUAGUUUAGUUUAGUAACGUGGAUGUUGUGGUUGCAAUUAGGCAGCUGCAGUAGAUCCCUGACCAAUAUUUAUAGCCCUGGAUUUAAUGGAUCGGUCACAAAUGAGAGCAGACAAAGUUCUGUGAGAUGGACAGACACCUUGACUUUUUCGUGCUUUCAACAAAGUUGAAACUUGCCAGUGACCUGAAGGCGUGCUCCUUUAUGCUCUCUGAGCUGCCAGUGAUUUAUGUGGAGCGCAGAAUGUGUUUUUAAUAUAGCUUUCUCAGGCCUUGCUCCAGACAUGAAGCUAUUCUGUGAUGUUCAUCUCAUCCACUUCCCAUCAGAGGAGUGCAGAUCUUGCGCUUGGUUUUAUUACAGACCUUGCUGCUGUGUGCUUGAUGGCUACUUCUUGUUAAUUUGUGCACAGGCCAGGCAAGCUAACAGCAGUGUCUCUGUGUGACAAGGUCCAGUCAGAUUAAUGAAGAUUUGCUGAAUCCCAGGCACUGCGGUAAAAGAGGUUUUCUCUGACAGCUGAACAAAUUAUUUCUCAUUUAUUUUACAUCUGUGCCAGGUUAAUGAUGAAUAAAUAAGGUUUGUACCUGGCUGGGAAUGUUUAUGACAUUUUUGCAAGAAUGAGCCAAGAGCAGUUUUGAUUAAGGACUCUUGACCAAAGGUUAGGAAAGGUUUUUCAGCUUCUCUCCUCCAUUUGAGGAAUAAUCAUUUCUCAGGUUUGUGGACCUCCAGUGCUGUCACACGCUGUGGAGUGAAUACAGAGAUUAACUAGUUUUCUAAAGAUAGAAGCACAGACAAUGUGCUAAUAUUUCCACUUUACCUUUGCAGAGGCUGACAGUGUCCUUGCACAUGACUAGUUCACAGCAUCCUUAGAUUACAGCCUGCUUGUCUGCUUUUAUUCCUUUUUCUCCUUUAAAUCAGUAGUGUUGCGUUUUCCUCUAGGGUCCUGUGCUGCUAGGAGCUGGUUACUUCGUCUCCCUCAGGGGAACAUUAUGUAGUUCUGUGUGGUGUUUGCAGUGAGUCUGUGUGGCCAGGAAUCAAAAGCUACUAUGCACACAGCAUAGUGAAAUGCACUUAAGAUUGCUUGGCUUUCAGGCUCUGUGAAGGCAGCAUGGUGGGAUAUUCACCUUGCAUGACCUGAGCUGCUAAAAUCUGGGCUGUAGCUCCAUGGCGACUCAAGCAGUGAUGGCUGGCUGUGCGGCCCAGUCCCCUUCUUGCGCUUCAUCCCUUCCUCCAUGUGAUCUCUGGCACUGUGCCAUUUUGGCACUUCAAGCUGGCAAAACCUAACCUGGCAACAAAGACAACUGGCUCAUGCCAACAGAGCCAUGGGAAUCUCAGAGUCAAAGCAAAGGAGGGAAACACAGCAGGGCCCUUUUGGUGCCAGACAACUCUUGAGUAGGCCCAGCAGUCCCCUGUAGCCUCAGCUAAGCUGGGAGCUGGCACUGCUGGGGAUGUGAUAGGCUCCUGGGGGGCAGGUCAGCAGUACAGAGUGGUCACCCACAGUUAGUCUGUUCAGUAACGAAGAACUUUGGCUGGAAAUACUGUUUCUCAGUUCAUGAGCUGUAAGAUUGCACAAUCUUGCACACAAAUUGGCACAUCUGUCUUUGCUCAUCUCAUGCAACAUCUGCAGAGAUCAGGGCUGAGCAGGUCUGGCAGUUUUGAGACCAGUUAAUCUCACUUUGAUUCCGCAUCCUUUGGAUGAUAGUGAAACAUCUGGCAGCUUGUCCCUUUUGACAAAGUUCUCUAUCCUGUCCGAUUCAGGAAGUGAAGCUUAGUGAUCCAGCAUCUUCUGUGGCCUCCCCAAACUACCAGAUUAAAAAAAAA